AUCCGGAGUGACGUACAACCGAGGCGGCGCCGGGGUAUCCCUACGGGAUACGCUCCAGUAUGGCCUGAGAGCAGCUGUUCUUUGGGGAAGUGCUGUAAAGUACUCCUGGUAUGAGCCUACCGUUGUGCGUACCGGUAUGUACGAAGUACGGUACCGUACCAUUUUUUUAAAAGAAUACGACUUCAUUUUUUCGAAGAACGAAGAACUUUCAUCCGUCCCCGAUACAAGCGAUAAACAUCAACAACCUACCGCCGAAGUGCAAAGACGAGGUCAAGAGGAACUACCGCCGCUUUCGGCUGAUGCUAUUUCAGGCAUCAAACGACGUCUUUGGGAGGAAACAGCCAACGGUCUUGGAAAGGUUGUCAGAAACCUAAGAGUUGCGUGGUACAAAGGAGAUGAAAGGGUGUUCUAUAAGCGAGAAGAACAGCAAUUGGAAAAGUAUCUUCCUCUAUUUCAAUAUGGCUUGGCGCUGUUUGUCUUUUCAUUUUUUAACUUUCGAGCUACGAAAACUCCGAGGUUUCAAAAGUGGCGAACCGGAUUUUUGGAACGCAUCCGACCUUCCCCACCCGAAAGCUUAUCGAAAGCAUCACAACAACGACAGGGGCUACGACAGGUAUCAUCCAUUAAGUCACCUCCUACCGUGGGAUACUUAGAGCGCAAACGCAAGCAAAAUGUUGAUGAAGCUCUAAACUCAAUGAAAUACUUCACAGACUUUUUGGUCAGUUUGAGUAUCGGCACUUCUGCGACCCUUUUCUUACUUGAACGGAAGUGCGGAAACAAUCUGAGAACUGAUUUUGAAGAGGCUCCUUUAGUGGCCGGACGAAGCCUCAUUGCCGACAAAAUCUGCCCUGGAAUGCUAGAAUUGUGCUUCUCCGACCUACAAGUCCGAAAAGCAUUUGAGGAUAACCAGAACCAAAAAGAUCGACCAUGGGAAGCGUCGUCCUUCGAUCCGAACCUGCACACAUUCUUCAUUUUCAUCAAUAAUUGUCAAAAACGGAAGGAUUACGAAUCAAGUUUGCGACAACAAAUGCAACAAGCCACCACAUUGAAAAGCGGCGCGAUACUAAUCCCGCAUACUGGGGUGCAGUAGUUGUGUGGUUUAUUCUUGGAGUGAAUACAGUAGUGAAUGAGUGCAUGUAUCCACCGACCAAUCGACCAUGAAAUUUUGACAAACAUUUUGUGCUACUGCUUAGUGUAAAAAUCGUCGUUUGGUCAUUUUCUAUGUGCUCGUUGUGAAUCGUUUGGCUUUUGAUGUAGUGAAAGCGAAUCUGAUGAUGUCGUAUAUUUAACAACUUCAUGAAAUCGCGACAGCGAUUGUACAAGUUAUCGACCAUAUUGGAGGUAUCAAGAGCUGAAUGAAAAAGAAAAAGGAGAGGACUCUCAACAAGAUACUGGUGGCACCCGAUAGACGAGAAAUGAUGCAGCUAAAAACUACUUCCGAUGUGCAAAUAUUUA